AAUUAGAGUGUCGUCAUCGACAUGUAAUUCAGUUCCCCUCUUCCACUCCUAGUGAUUGCCGUCAGUAAGGUGUAGUGAUGACGUCAUCAAAAACUGGUGUAGUGUCAUUGAUUUUCAGUUUAUGUUGUGUUCGAUAUGCAUCUUCAAUCCUGUGCUAUGACUGCAACAGUGCCUAUGACCCUCGGUGUGGGGAGGAGUUCGAUUCCUUCAGUCUGGGCAUCGUCAACUGUUCUUUGAGGGACCCGCCGGAACAUUUAGAACCUAUCGAACCUACUUUCUGUAGAUCUAUCAAAAUGGAGAUCUACGGAAAAGUCCGGGUGGUUCGUCAGUGCGGCUACUUAGCUGACAAUGAAAUAAAGGAGCGAUCAUGUCGCCGUGUGGUCGGCAACGGGGACUUAUUCGUCACCUACUGCACUUGUAACACAGACCUCUGCAACUCGGGAGUCGCUCAGAACUACCAACAGAUGGCGCUCGUUAGUGCGGUGUUAUUAUUGUUGUUGUGGUAGAUUUGAUUUGUUAAUUUUGGCAUAAAUGGUGUUCGUUUGUUUCUGUUGUUCUUGUUUUUAAUUUUAAUAUGUGUUAAUUUUAUGAAUUAAAUAGAUUAGGUAUUGUUUUA